AUGAAUGUAUCAAGAGCGAAGACGGAGUACAUGUGCUUGAACGGGGUGUCCAUAGGAAGUAUACGGAUGCAAGACCAACAACUGCCAGAAGUAAGUGAAUUCAGGUACCUUAGUAGCACAGCAGAAUCGGAUGGCGCAGUAGAAGCAGAGAUCGGUAGAAGGAUCCAAUCAGGAUGGAACAACUGGAAGAAGAUGGCCGGUGUGAUGUGCGACAAGAGGGUCCCAGCAACGGCAAUGCUCUACGGUCUGGAGACGGUACCCCAAACGAAGGCGACAAGGAGACUGGAGGUGGCUGAGAUGAAAAUGUGCAGAUGGGCAUGUGGCUUGACCAUGAGAGACAGGAUGAGAAAUGACGAGAUCCGAGAGAGAAUGGGAGUGACGAAAAUCGGACUGAGGUACAGAAGUGCGAGAUUGAGAUGGUUUGGUAAAGCGAAGAGAGGAGAACUACAUCGGAAAGAGAAUGCUGAGCAUGGCACCACCGGGAAGGAGAGGAAGAGGGCUUCCGAAGCAACGGUGGAUGGACAACAUCAAGGAAGACAUGUGGUCCGUGGGGGAAGAAGACACCCAAGAGAGAAAAAUAUGGAAGGCUUUUGUAUCUGCCGCAGCGACCCCAGAAAUGGGAGAAGCUUGAAAAAGAUAAUCUCGGGUGUAUGGCACAGAAUUCGAACACACGUGCGCUGGAUCCCUGUAAAAGGCUUCCACUACUUUUGUAAUUCCAUUCUUGUUAUACGUCACUUCUCCGUCUAG